AUGUCUGUUCCUCAGAUACACCUCGACCAUGCCUUCUUCACCAGUCCAGAAACAGAGGGGUUCCACCUCCUGCAAAGACCGGCGUCCGCCGACGCUCAUGCCCUUCCUCGCCGAACAAGAUAUCUCAGCCCGGCCUGCAUCCGCCACACCGCACGGCCCCGACAUGGAGACGAAGCAGGCCCAGCCGUCGAGCUCAACUCCACUGUCCGAUCCAGUCACAGCCCUAACAACAGACACAGUCACAGUCACGUCCACAGCUAUCGCCACAGUAACUCAGAUCUCUCCAGCUUCUCGCCGGCGCAGCGCCGUCCUCGCCGACUCACCUGGGUCGAAAGCGAGAGAAUCUGGGUAGUCACCAGCUCCCCCGCCAGCUCCCCGACUUCUUCGUCAACAUGGGGCGACGUCAACUGGUCCGCGGCCGCCUUCCGGCCCCCUCCGCUGCAGCAUUCUCGAUCAAUGGACGUGACUCUUGCCCAUAGCCAGGCCCUCCCGCAGCCGGACGACCUCCCGCCCCCGUACGAACGGCAUUACUUUGACAGACCUCUUCCGCCCCUCCCGCCGGGGGUUGAGAUGGAUCCUUCGGUGGGAGGUAGUGCCUAUAGCCAGAGUAUGAGUCUGCAUUCAGGGUACAGUGACAGUGACAGCCACAGUCACGCUGGCGCAUCGCGAUGGACGGAGAUCGCCCGGCGGAUGAACCGCACUCCGUUUGGAUGA